CCAUGCGGCCUGACGAUCGGCAGUCGCUAUCCAUGCUUGUGAAGUUGUUGGGUGGCGAGCAGAAUGUGAACAAGGAGGCCAUUGCAGAUGCCUUCUUGGGUAAAGCCUUCGAGGCUCGUAGUGUUCACAACCUCGCCUUACGGGCGUGGGCGGCGUGCCAGACUGGGUCACUGCCUCAGUCGACCAGCCAGCUUCAGAGUGCUGCUUUAAUCAAUACGACGGCGAUCCCCACGGAUCAUAUGAAGUGGCUCGCGAAGUUCACCCGUAUAGCGUGGCAGCUAUACGCUCUCAAGCCGACGAGGGUGAAGAACGACGUCCGUGCGGACUUUAGCCAGAAGAACGACCAACUGCACCUCCAGCAGACACGAUUCAAGACACGCAUGAGGACAUCUCGGAACCAGGUACUCAUUGACCCUUUGUGUACAUGCCUCUACUAGUACAUCCGCCGACGAACGUGUUCCAGGUUUUACAGGUGCAGUAUGGGACGAAGAACAGUUCCGUAAAGACCGCCGAGGGGCGCGCCAUUCGUGUCUCGGGGAAGUCUGCCAGUAUCACGCUGAACGCGUCGGUCGCGUCGACCGCCAAGAUCUUCGGUGUCGUGACAGUCGGACGGGAAGACCCGACAGCUGCUGAGAAGAUGCGCGAGGCGAUUGUGUUGGAAGUGUUGCAGCGAAAGCUUUCGUUCUUCGAACAAAACAUCGUCCGCAAGAUCUUCGAGCGUCCCCCUUCCAAGCGUGCGCGGAGACACAAACCCUCCAACCGUUCACAGGCAGAAGUCUAUCUCGAAGGUCGACGUCUUAACGACACGCAGGCUGCAGCAGUCAACCGAAUCAUGUCGGCGAGCCCGGACGAUCAGGUUUGCUUGGUGCAUGGACCUCCUGGCACAGGCAAAACGACCGUCAUAGCUGCAUCCGUCAUCGAGUUGAUGAACCUUCCGAAGAAGAAUCGUGGUAUCUGGUUGGUUGCACAAUCGAACGUCGCCGUGAAGAAUAUCGCGGAGAAGCUCGCGCGCGUCGAUUUUCUUGACUUCAAGGUCUUAGUCUCGAAGGAUUUCCAUUUCGAAUGGCACGAGCACCUGUACGAGCAGAUUGAACACAACGUCAUACGCUCGGAUGAAUUCUCUGAAGACAUCGUAGGCACCGAGAGGUUGCUGCUAGGAUCGAAAGUUGUCUUAUGUACGCUCAGUAUGCUUUCGGCGCCGCGCGUGAUCACGGCAGGCUUCACUCGCCUUGUUCCUGUCGAAACUGUGAUCGUCGACGAAGCCAGUCAAAUCGAGCUCGGCGACUAUCUGCCCCUGCUGGGCCGCUUCAGUCACAGCCUCGAGAAACUGGUCUUCAUCGGAGACGACAAACAGCUGGCGCCAUUUGGGCAAGAUGACUUGGGUGAGCUAUCUAGCAUCUUCGAGAUGCAGCAUCUGCGGCAAGAUGCCAUUUUCCUCGACACGCAAUACCGAAUGCCGAUACCGAUCGGCGAGUUCAUCUCCAGGCAUGUGUACGGCAAUAAUCUCAAGACGAGCCACGACGAAAUGGAUCGACGCUCCUGUAUUCUCAUUGACGUUAGUCAUGGGAAGGAGACAAAAUCCAGUAACAGUUGGACCAAUGACGCAGAGGCCACUGCCAUCGUCGUUGUUGCGAGAAAGUUCCACGCGGAAGGAAAGACAUACCGCGUGAUCACUCCUUACGACGCACAACGCAACGUCCUGGAGCGAAAGCUGAAGGCCGCGAAUCUUCCCUGGGAGAACAAAUGCUUCAAUGUCGACUCGUUCCAAGGUGAGAAUCAGACUGUGCUCUUAGGACGCCAGGUUGACACAUCGUCGCUUCGCUAGGCAACGAAGACGACUACAUCCUCAUCUCCGUCGUUCGUUCGGACAAGAUCGGCUUCCUCACCAACUUACGGCGGACGAACGUCAUGCUCUCGCGCUGCAAGCGCGGCAUGGUCAUCUGCACGAGCAGGGCUUUCAUGGAGAAGGC